CCCCCUGUAAAAUUAAAAUCCUUGUGACCAACACUACAGUAAUUGUCUGCGCAGGACCCAGCGUUUCGUCUUAGUAAUUUACUUUGAGGUUAUCACCUGAAUGUAAUGUGAUGUGAUGGAUACAAUCAUGGACAAGAGCAUGAAAACGAGUAAAUAUUACGAAAUGCCAAAUGUAAACAAAUCCGAAAACGAACGCAACAAGACAGCGGGACAAACCAAGUGGGCCGUUCGUUGCUUUCAGAACUGGUGCUUCGAACACCUUGGACAAACCAUUGACUUUAAUGCGGUUUCAAAAUCGGAAUUGAAUGAAAUACUCAGGAAGUUCUACCUCACAGUCAAAAAUGGAAGAGGAGAACCGUAUGGAUUCAGCGGUUUCAUGGGUCUGCGAGCAGGGCUCAACAGACACUUGAGUGAGCCACCGCUGUCAUGGUGUUUAAUGAAGGACACUGACUUUAUGUCCAGCAACGAUUUGUUCCUGGGACUGGCAAAGAAACUACAAUGUGAACCUGACCAGUCCCGCCACCAUAAGGAUAAAGCAGAUGGAGAUUUUAUGGAGGUCAUACGCUGGACAGUCCUGGACCCUGGCACACCAGAGGAACCAACGGACGUGGACAGCAAUUCUGCAUCUCUCGCUAGUCUAGAAGUGGACUGCAUGGACUCCGACAGCAAUGGGGGAAACUCCACAGUUGCUCAGGUCACUUUGAGACACGUGGUGGAAUCCUGGAGGAGGCCAGAGUCUGCAGUCACGUUUAAAACUGAGAACGAUGAAGGAAGCUCUAGCCACUCUCCAGACGAGAGCAUCAGUCCAGCUGCCGCCAGCUGGCCUACUCCUGAUGAUGACCACGUUCCUUACUUAACGGAGACCCAGAUGAUGGCUCGCGUCCGGCAGCAGCGCUUCACCCAGGAGGAGCUGGACAUCCUAGUGCGCGAGAUCCAGGCGCGCUACCACCGCAUCUACACCAAAGGCCUUCCCUUCGCCAUGAUCCGGCGGGCGUGGGAGGAGGUGGCGGCCGCUGUCACCAGUGCUGGCGUCGGCCCCGUCAGGACCGCCAGCGCGUGCCAGACGCGCUUCAGAGACCUGAAGAGACGCUCCAGGACCAAGCUGGUCGAUGGGGUCAGCUCAACGCACCCUCAAAGGCCAGAGAGAGGGUCUGUGGGAGAGGACACUCCGUCCGCCAGCACAACAGCUACACCUUCAGCCUCUUCCGGUCUGAGACCUGAUGCCGAAGCGGUGGAUGAUGGGAACGGCGACGCGCCGUUCGCCCCCUCCGCCCCCUCGAGCAGCUUGGACAAUCCCACUCAGGCCCCGUCGAGCCCGGCGGCCGUUCCCAGCCAGUCACGGGAGCCGCUGGAGGUCCGCUUCCGGACGCUGGAGCUGCUUCGGAGGGGCUCGAAGCCGCGUAGCCGCAAGCAUUUCACCGGCGAGCAGAUGGACAUCCUGCUGCGCGAGAUCAAGGCCCGCCACCACCGGCUGUACGGCGAGAGCCAGAACCCGCUGCGCUCCGAGGACCGCCGGCAGGCGUGGGAGGAGGUGGCCGCCGCCAUCAACCGCGCUUGCUGCGGACCCACCAGGACCGCCGCCGCCUGCUGCAAGCGCUUCAGCGACCUGAAGCGGCGGCGCAAGACGAGGCUGGGCAUGCGGAUGGUGUCCGCGCGUCACGAGGGCCCCAUCAUCACCGCGGCCUUCUCGCACGCCAGCCCCAUGGGCACGCGGAUGGUGUCCGCGCGUCACGAGGGCCCCAUCAUCACCGCGGCCUUCUCGCACGCCAGCCCCAUGGGCAUGCGGAUCCUCCCGUCAGUCGGCAUGGAGCCGCUGCAACGGCCAGAGAACACCGCCACAGUCACUCGAGCCGCUGCCAAACCCAAUCCAGCAACACCCACACUAACAUCAACACCAACAUUAAUAACUGCACUUAGCACACCGACCCAAAGAGUCGCACCCACUCUAACACUCACACCUCCAUCCACACUGGCACCAGCAACUGCACCUGCCCCUGCACCCUCACAAGCGUCCAGACUGGCACCAGCACCUGCCCCUGCCCCCUCACAAGCGUCCACACUGGCACUAGCAACUGCACCACCUGCCCCCUCACAAGCGUCCACACUGGCACUAGCAACUGCACCACCUGCCCCCUCUCAAGCGUCCACACUGGCACCAGCACCUGCCCCUGCCCCCUCACAAGCGUCCACACUGGCACUAGCAACUGCACCACCUGCCCCCUCUCAAGCGUCCACACUGGCACCAGCACCUGCCCCUGCCCCCUCACAAGCGUCCACACUGGCACUAGCACCUGCACCACCUGCCCCCUCUCAAGCGUCCACACUGGCACUAGCACCUGCCCCACCUGCCCCCUCACAAGCGUCCACACUGGCACCAGCGCCAGCCGAGCCAGCGAACACCCCCACCCCACCAUCCCCAGCACCGCCUGAGAAGCCUGUAACAGGAGCAGAAGGUGGAGUCCCUGGAGCUUCUGUCGGUCCCCCAGAGGGAGGCAGCACGGGUGGUGUGUGUGUGUGUGAGUGUGUGUGUGCGGGGCGGAGGCGGUGGGAGUCGGAGCUGCUGGAGGUGCAGCGUGGAGGCCUGGCGGUGCUGCAGGGGGAGCUGGGAGCUCUGCGCCACGGCCUGGACACGCGCCUCCGCAGGAUGGAAAGCCGCACGCACCCCCUCCUGCUCUCCGUCAGCCGCAGCCUGGAGAGGAUCGCCAGCGCCAUGGAGCGCAACGCCCACGCCACCGCCACUCCAGACACCGACACGCCGCCCAGGACGCCAAGGGGCAGGGCUGUGGUGGAGAGGCCGGCUGCUAGCCAAUCCCGUGGUUCCUCAGAUGUGCGAGGUCGCAAAAGAGGGAGACGUUCCUAAAAAUGAGACUCACUGAAACGGAGACCCGUGGAGACAGGAAAAGCCUUUUAUUAUGACACAGGAAACGCCUUUUAUUAUGACACAGGAAACGCCUUUAAUGAGAACUGCUGCAUGACCGUGACUUCACAGGGUCCUGUCAUACUGCGCUGAUCAAAGUGAUCCAGUUCACCUGUGUGAUUCUAUAACUAGGCGAGAACUAGGCGAGUCAUUUUCCUUGAUUGAGGGGCUUUGUGUAGGGGUUUUCUUUUUUUGUUUGUUAAACACUCAAAACCGCCUAUGCUGUCUUGCCCAGACAUGCACUAAAGUUAAGAGGGGUUCACACUGAUGCAGGUUUUUUUCCCCUCCAGGCGCUCAAAUUAAUUUGUUUCCCUAUGGAGCGGUGCGACUACGCGUUACAACGCGCCUCGUGUUUAUAAAAGUGGUGCACAAGCAGAAAAAAAAAACGAGGCUUCUAAAAACGUGAGGCGCCCAAAGAAUAGAAUUAAAAAUAGUUUUUGAGGUUGCAUUCUUUUCAACAAUGGGUUGUGUCAGAAACGGUUGAUAAAGCUAAAAGUUAAGAUAAAGCUAAAGUUAACUAUAGACUCUUUGGUCGUGUCUUAGCUGCCUGUCCUAGCUAAGUCAGGGAGCUAGCGAUUUAGCUAAAUAUAAUGUAUCAUAGCAACAACAUGUACACAAUCAGUUUCUACCUCGCAUGUUUUUAACACUCACUACUUUGGUACAAUACUCACGUUAUGGAGGUGAAAAAAGUGUGCUCUAAAGUUGGGUGCUGGAUGACAUGGCAACAAAAUAAGUAAAGGACGUCCGCCACACCAGUAGCUUCACAUAGAAUUUUUAGUUUGUAACGUUUCGAGCGUUAGCCCUUCAUCAGACACCGUUGGGUUAGCCCUUCAUCAGACGCCAGAAACGUUACAAAGUAAAAAUUCUAUUUGGAGCUACUGGUGUGGCGGACGUCCUUUACUAAUUUUGUUAGCCUGCAAACCAGCCAGAGGGGUCAUCACUCUAGUAAAACCUCUUUGUACCUCAGUGACGCUAUGUGGAAUGCUAUGCAUAGACUCCAUAAAUAAGUGGAUAUACUCUCUGUGACGUUACCCAUAGGUUUUCUGAAGAGGGGGUAUAAAGCUCAAAAUUGGAGUCUUUAAGCUAAGUAAAAGGAACUAACAUGCUAAAAAGCUAACAUGCGAGUUGUCCGACAGUCGGACGUAGUAAUGGAGUUUUCGGUACAGUACAAUGUCUUAUUUCUUGCUCACAUUUAUCAAAUUUAAGCAAGAAGAGGACAUUUACAAACCAAACACGCCCGUAAAGCGUCAAUGUAAACAAAGUUGUUUUUUGUCCACUAUUUUUGUUUACAUUGAAUCUGAUAUUGAACUCUCAGCCCAUUCAUAUUUCAUAUUCUAUGCAUAAAUGUCUGUUAAAAUAAUUUAAACUGAAGAGUUAUAAAAUAAUAUCCCUCAGCCCAUGGUUGUCAUGGAAACCAUAUUGUCCAAAUUUGUUUUAUAUAAGCUGUAAGUAUAUUUAUACUGUGAAGUUAAAUUUUAACAUGCAGGUCUGUUGAAAUCAAAGAUUCUAGAACAGAGCUCUGUUCUAGAAUCUUUGGUUGAAAUUGACUCUCUUUUGGAGCCAGCCCCCUAUGGCAGUUAGUGGAAUUGCAGGUAUAGGAUCUUUUGUGUUGGGCUCAUUAGAGACUUCUGUGUUGGUCUGAGUCCAGUAACUAACACAGAGCCUCUUCAAAAUUACGUUUCUUAAAUUAAAUUUGUGAACUUACUGCAGCACAUUAAAAAAAGUUUCAUUGAUGUUGUUUGGGGUGGCUAUGAAUGAAGGAACUAGUUCUGCAAUGAUGCAAGUAAAUAAAAUUGUACAUUUCCUGA